AUGGCUCCAGGCUUGACGGAAAUUCCUACUGGCCCGAAAUAUGUUUCGGUGCCCCAGAAGUCCCAGCCCAAAGUCCAGAGUCUCCCGAUCGAUGCUCCUCUCGAGGAUGUCAUAAACGCCAUCAAGUUAGCUGGCGGCGUCAUCAUUCGAAACUUUAUUUCACAAGAGACCCUCGGCAAGAUGGAGAAGGAAAUCAGGGCACGGUUGGAGCAAGACGGAGAAUGGGGGGGCGAAUUUUUCCCUCGAGAGACCAGACGCUGUACAGCCCUGAUCGCUCAUUCCCCAACGACAACUACUGAGAUGAUUGCACAUCCUCUCUAUAUGGCUGUUGCAAAGGCAUUUUUGAGGACCGAAUUCUGGUGUUGGCAAGGAACAGAAAAGACACAGACCUUUGCAGACCCCCAGCUGAACCUCUCAUCGGUCGUCAGUGUACGUCCCGGUUCAAAGGACCAACCACUGCAUCGGGAUGACAUGACUCACCUCGUCGUCAAUCCUGCUCUGGAUGCGUACCCCGAUGACUUGGUGUCAAACCGUCGUGAUAGUGCGCUGGGUCUCUUUGUGGCAGGAACAAAGACCACCAAAGAGAACGGGGCGACCAGGUUUAUUCCCGGAAGCCACCUCUGGGCACACGAGAGAGCACCGGAUGAGUCAUUGGCAUACUACGCCGAGUUGGAACCGGGCGAUGCCUUCAUUAUGUUGGCCAGCUGCUAUCAUGGAGGCAGUGCAAACACGACAGCAGAUGAGGAACGCCUCGUAUACAGCUGCUUCAUGACGCGAGGCUAUUUGCGCCAGGAAGAAAACCAGUAUCUUUCGGUUCCCCUUGAGACGAUGAAGAAGUACCCGCCUCAUAUUCAGAAAAUGGUUGGAUAG